AUGCUGUUCCAGAUGUUCUUAACACGUGCAUUGCGUGGUAAUUUGAAUAUACCGCAUUGGAAUCGCCGUGUAUGGGAAAUUGGCUACAGUGGUCCUCCUUUGCCAAAAAGGAAGGCAACUGGUCGCCCAAAUUAUCCAAUAUCUAAGAAUCAAGUGACCAUCCUGCGAGAUCGGUUUGCUCGAGAAUAUAAUGUGAUGAAGCUGCUAACUCGACCAUAUGUUACCGCGGUAAGUUCCUGUUCUUCCCUUUCUUUUUACUCACGUAAGUGCUUAUUGAGUACUGCAAAAGACCCAAAACGGCUUUAUAACUUCCUUUUCGGGAUUUUAUCAUCGUUGUGUGCACGCUUUCAACUCAGGGAGGCUGAGUCUGACUAUUUCGCAUCGAAAAAUGUCACUGGUCUCGAUCAGAUACGAGAACAAGAAAAAGCGAGAGCGGAGGCUUUACGUAUGCCUGGAAAGGCUAAGCGCGUGGACGGUUCUAAGAGAGCAAUUAGACGUCGAGCAAACGUUGGAAAUCUCUUACAAAAGCAUAUCACAGUCGAAGACAGCUUGGCAGAACUUAUGAAUCGUAAUUGUUGGGAUUAG